AGCUUUUCCUUUUGAUUCAUCCCUAAUGAGACUCUUCCUAACGUGGAGUUCAGUCCUUGUUGGCUGCCUCGGUAGGGAGAUCACUCCCGCUUCUGGAGGCGAACUCCAACACCUGUGUCCUCCUGGCUUCUGCCUUCACUACCCCUCUUCUGCAGCAGUUGAGUGUGUACCAGUGGACUCCCUCAUAACAGAGAAGAGAGGCCGAGAGAUUUUACCGGCCCUACCAUUGCCGCCAGAGAGCAAAGACCAAAGGCGGCUUGCACUGAGUGGAAUGCAUAGUAUACGGUGCCUCCCCACGGAGCUCAUCGAGGAAGGAAUACCACCAGAGGAUGCUACUGAAGCCAUUGAGGCGCCGUCCCGGCCCACUGAGAACAGUUGGCUGUUGCCACCGGUGUCUCCGGUGGCUAUCAUCCUAUGCGCUGUUGUGGGGUAUGUGGUUUACCACUACAUCACUAAUAAGGAGACGGCUUCGGGGAGGACGCCAGUGGAAGAAGGGAGUGGUCCUGCUGAACAUCUGAAUCCUCCGAAGGAACGUCUGGCCUAUCUCGACAGAUUAGAGGCCGAUGCCACCCGAAUCAAGGCUAGUCAUGAGUGGCAGGAGAAGGAGGCAGAGCGUCGGAGAGAGGAGACCCACGGGCCUCGACCACACAAGGGUGACACUGUGAACCGAGCAAGUAGAGGCUUCUGGGACGGUGGAGGAGGAGGAGGAGAGCUACCGUCGUAUAGGCCCACUAGGAAGGGGCCUGGUAGAGGCUGACGACGCUAAGACAGUCCCUCGAACAAUAACCUCAGAAGAGCGAAUGAAUUCUCUUGCGGCAAGGUCAUCACGCGCCAGGGAAUGAUUGCAUCUUCAUUGUCACAUUUUCACU